GAUUGAGGAAUUUUCUUUUGAUUUACUGCACUUGAUAAAACGUUAUAUUAACACCGAUCAACACUGGUCACCAAAUGUUAUCUUAAGAAUCAAUCAACGAUUUGAAAGGAUGAACAAAGUCUCUUAUUUUGAAAUUUUUUACCGCGAUCCUGUAUCUCAUUGUCGCACUCACUGCAACUCGACGCCUCUGUCCCCGUCACUGCACCGGCUUUCCUCUGGCCAUUUCUCUAUUUGAAGGCACCGAUUUGUUUGGUGCAUUUAGUAAAUCUACGUUCAUCGUUUCUUAUGCCGGGAUCAGUUGUACGACUUUUACGGCCGGACCAGAGCGUUUUUGUACAGUUGAGGUUGAAAUGUGGAGAAGAUCAGAGAUGCGUGCAGUGGACUGACUCCACUGAUGGUGGUGGUCUACCAUCCUCACAGGCCUCAUCCUGACAUCACUGCAGCCGCAGUCUCACGCCAAGAUGGUUCGAUGAGACAUAGGAGUGUGUUGGAUUAUUUUGGAUAAAUAAAAUGAGGAUUUGGAGCACGGAGCAUGCUUUCAGUUACCCAUGGGAGACAGUGAUAAAGGCUGCGAUGAGAAAGUACCCCAACCCCAUGAACACUAAUGUUGUCGGAGUGGAUGUGCUAGACCGCAACCUAGACGCUCAAGGACGUCUGCACAGUCACAGACUGCUCAGCACAGAGUGGGGUCUACCAAGCAUCGUACGAGCGAUACUGGGUACCAGUCAUACACAAACCUACGUGAAGGAACACUCUAUAGUGGACCCGGAGGAGAAGAAGAUGGAGUUGUGCUCCACGAAUAUCACUCUCACCAACCUCAUAUCAGUGGACGAGAGGCUUGUGUAUAGCCCACACCCAGACAACCCUGAUGUCACCGUCCUGACACAGGAGGCCAUCAUCAGAGUUAAAGGAGUCAGUCUGAGCAGUUACCUGGAGGGGAUGAUGGCCAGGAGAAUGUCAGCCAAUGCCAGGAAGGUGCACAGCUACAGCGACAACAGCUCUCUCCGGAUGAUCCUUACCAACCACAGAGGAUCUUCAAGUACUUCAGUUACCAUGCAGAAAGUCAAUCGAAAACCCAAAACUGUCUGGAGCCACACACCACCCCCCUACAGUAACACAAACACUGGAAGUCCACGCAGAAAGGAACUCUGCCAAAAUGAAUGAGCAUGGACAUGUUCAGAGUGAGUUUUAAUGGCUGUUUUCAAGAUAACUGUUAUAAAGUGGAGAGGCCGAGAUUGGUUCUUUUCAAUAAUCACAUUAAAUGUCAUCUGCUCCACCCGGUGAUUCUAAUCUCAAAUUUUAUCUUCCAGUCAGCAGGAUAUGGACUUUAGGUAGCAAUUUCUCUGCUUAGACUAUUUAUUAACACCCAAAGUUUACUUUGAGCCUUUAUCCACUAUAACAUAAUAUGCAAUUAAAUUCACAAGUUUAUUUUUACAAAUUAUUUUUUAUGUCCUGUCAAACAGAUUUCUGCAUUAAUGAGUGCAAUUAAAAACAGCUGCAGGUGCUUACUGUGUUUUAAGAGGCAUAAAGUUUAGGGGAAAUGUUUGCAUGACACAAAUACAAAGAAGGAACUUGAUUGCAGAACCAAGCAGUAGUUGCAUUAGUGGCUUAUUUUGCUCUCAAUGGUGUUGUUUAUCAUUGUCCGUGGUAGAAAACUGAUUCACCUCCUCCGUGUUGACUUGAAGUUGAUGGAGAGUGUGCCAUUAAAACCAGCAUAUCUGUAACUUGCCUGCUGAUGAAGGUGAGGGGAAUGGUCAGAACUACCUUUUUCUAAGCCUCCACAUCAAUGCCUGUAUAUUUUUGCAGUAAAAACAAAUUGUUGUUUUUCUCCUGUGACACACUUCCAAAUGUCACCCAAUUCCUAAAUCAGGGAAGUUCUGUAAACCCACAUUUUUAUCAUGAAUUAUGACAUUUGUUUGUAAAAAAAAAAGUUUAAUUUGCUUGAAAGGUUUAUUUCAGCCUUUGUUCUGCUGUAACAAUAAAACUGGAGGAAAUUUUGAUGUCACCAUGGUUGUUUUUCAAAGUCAGACACUAAGACGACUACACUCUGUUCUAUAAAAGAGAUAAGAUGUUGAUGAUUUCCUGUGUUCUAGUGUUGCAUAUGAUUUCACCACCAGUAUUACGUCAUCCAUCUAACCUGAAGUUCUAAAAUGUCAUUUACACACGAGGGGAUUUUUUUCCUAAUAAUAACUUGCAGUUCAACGUCCAUCCAGCAGAGGGAAUGUGUCUCCUGUCAAGAACAGAAAAACCACAGCAAAGCUUUGGAGACAAUAAUAGACACACAGACUUAAAAUAUUUCAUUUAUUCAACAGAACAGAAUCACAUUGCAUUGCACAGCAUGUAAAUAGUUCCUCACUGUGAGCAGUGAAAAGCAAAGUGUCAUCCUUCAAGCCCAGUGGAGCGAGUUAAACACUUGCCAGAGUCUCAAUAAGUUAUAAAAAAUGUAAACAAGAUGAGCCAAGUGAUUUUAAAACUCAUGCAUAACGCCACAGAAAAACAAGGACUCAGAAGAAAAACUUUGGUAUCAGCGUUUUAGAUUUAAAAAAUAAAGUGUGAAAUUCUAAUAGCAUCAGGAUUGUAAGUGUGGAUUAAGCCGUACCAGUUUUCAAGUUUCACAAUAAGGCACACAACACUAAUAUUGACGUCAUUGGUAACAAUCUUUGGUAAUACUGCACCCAUGUUUGAGAAUAACACUAUAAAAAAAUCUUAUAAAAGUGAAAAAGAACAAAAAA